AAAUAAGAGACAACAUAACUCUUCGGUGGUGUUGGUGAGUUCGAGGUCAUCCCAACAAAGGUGGAACCACCAUGGCUGCAGCCACAAGCUUUGGAACUGCAUGUAUUCUAAGAAGAGCAGCUCAGGCAUUUGCAGUAUCACAUUCUCAUAUCAUCAACAGCAAUGCCACCUUCUCUUUUCAAAGGAAACUUUCCUCUCAUAUUCUAUCCGUUUCUACUAGUUCAGCUUCAGGUGUAAGUCAAGCAGUUCAAGCUUUAAAGGGAGAAGUUGACGUGCUAAUCAAGGGAGUAGGAGAAAGAAAUGUAGCAAAAGAAGUAAAACAUAUUCUUGAGAUGGCUAGACGAGCAUCAUCGAAGCGGGAGACUCUCCAUACAGAUUUUCUAACACCUCCAGUGCUAAAGGAAUCUAUGCAAAUUUUGGAAAAAUUAGCAGACGUGAAAGCAAUUGCUCAAGGAGGUUAUCCUCAGGCUGAACGCUGUCGGAUUUCAGUUGGACAUCCAGAAGAACUGACUAGUGAUCCAGAUGUUAUUUCAGCAUUAAGCAUUAAAGGGAACUUCCAGUUUGAACCUUGCUCACAUGGUGACUUCCUUGGCUCAAUUCUUGGUACAGGAAUUGUCAGGGAGAAACUUGGGGAUAUUAUAUUGCAGGGAGAACAGGGUGCGCAAAUUAUUGUUGUGCCAGAACUGGUUGAAUUUCUUAUGUCAACCUUGGUUAAGGUUCGUAAUGUUCCUGUAACUUGCACCAAGAUACCAUUAAUUUCUCUUGAUUAUGAACCACCAAGAACAAAAUCAUUCAAAACUAUAGAAGCAUCGCUAAGAGUUGAUGCACUUGCUAGUGCCGGAUUUAAGAUAUCACGCUCAAAGCUAGUUGAGAUGAUAAGCAAUGGUGAUGUGCGUGUCAACUGGAUCCCUGUUACUACCAAAGGAAACACACUGAAGAGUGGAGAUAUUGUAUCAGUCAGUGGAAAGGGAAGAUUAAAGAUAGGAGAAAUAAACUCUACAAAGAAAGGAAAAUUUGCAGUGGAGCUCAUUCGGUAUUUGUAGAAGUUCUGAAGACAUUUCUGUAGGAAGCUUUAGCCUCAUGUAAGUAAAACUGGAGAGAGGCAAAAGUUGUACAGAGUAAUAUUAUUAUUCCCUCCAUUUCAAGAUUAUUGAUGUUCAUCUUAAACCAAGAGCUGUGAUUUGUAUCUGAUAGUGAUCUUAUUCAGUAAUAUCAGCCCAAACGAU